GGAUUCGUCACGUCGAGCUCGUCGGCGUGCUCAAUGCCGAAUCUCGAGCGCCGCCGGCGAUGAGGAGUCUUGCUCCACUAAGGAGCUAGGGUUUCAGUUCGAGAUUUUGAAGGGUCGGAGGGGUUUCGCUACGAAGGAGCUGUUGCCUGCGGGCGGCGAACGUGCCCGCGGAGGUGAGGCACGUGCCGCACGUGCAGAAGCAGAAGCAGGUGAAGGGUGGCGGGGCGAACAAGGCCGGAGGAGCUCGUAGUAUAGAGGGGUUACUUUUUAUAGGAGGACUGGGAGAUGGGAGUCUCAUAUUUGUUUUCUUUUCUUUCUUUCUGUUUUUUUUUGAAUGUUUUUGUUCAGGGAUUGUGGCAAACAGGUCUAUUUGGGAGGAUUUGAUACUGCUCAUGAUGCUGCCAGGGCAUAUGAUCGAGCUGCAAUCAAGUUUCGAGGGGUUGAUGCCGAUAUAAACUUCAAUCUUAGUGACUACGAUGAGGAUCUGAAACAGAUUAGGAAUUUGACUAAGGAGGAGUUUGUUCACAUACUGAGACGUCAGAGCAAUGGGUUUUCGAGGGGGAGCUCGAAGUAUCGAGGGGUGACUCUUCAUAAGUGUGGUCGAUGGGAGGCUCGGAUGGGCCAAUUCCUUGGCAAGAAGUACAUGUACCUUGGGUUAUUCGACAGUGAAAUAGAAGCUGCAAGGGCUUAUGACAAAGCAGCUAUCAAGUGUAAUGGAAGGGAGGCUGUGACAAAUUUCGAGCCAAGUUCUUAUGAAGCUGAUAGUGAAGCUAUUGGUCAUGGCCUUGAUCUGAACUUGAGUAUUUCUCAACCGAAUGUUGGUAGUCCAAAGAAGAGCAAUCACCCGAUGGGUCUCCAAUUCCAUUUUGGCUCUAUUGAAGGUUCUGAUGCAAAAAAAGCUAGGAUUGACAAUCAUCCAUACAUUCUCGGUGGUCAGCCACAUAUACCUGUGGUGACAUCUGAGCAUCCCCAAGUAUGGGCUUCUCUACGCCCCAGUUUCUAUCCCUCUACAGAGGAAAGGGCACCAGAGAAGAGGCCGAUCAUUGGUUUGCCUUCUAUCUCCAACUUGACAUGGCAAAAGCCUCUGUUAUCUUCUGCAGCAUCAUCAGGAUUCUCCACUGUCACAGCCAAAACUACCACAGGUCCUCCACCGACCACCAAUUAUUAUUAUUUGCGGAGCUGAAGGCACUCGAAAACUCAUUCCAAAGGUGCAAACAUGGUUAUAUGUGUGUGUGUAUAUGCAUGUAUUCAUGUACGUGAGACAAUAUAUUUAACAUGUUAUAUGUGUGUGUAUAUGCAUGUGUUCAUGUACGUGAGAUAUUGAACAUAUUAUACUAAAAACACCUAUGCUAGAAACUUGGAGGCAAAGCGAAGGAUAUUGUUAUGUAAAGUAAUAAACCAGGGUGGUGCAUGUUUUCAUUAACAUCAUACGUAUCGUAUGCAUUACUGUAUAUUUCCGAUUGUACUAAAAUUUCAUACUAUUUUGUUAUUGAAAUCAGUGUUCUUA